UAUGGUUCUGUAUUGCUUCUGUGUGCUUAUCUUAUAUUCGGUCUUCUUUUAUUUAAUCUUUCUUUGUGUUUUUUACACGGCAUAAUACAACAAAGUAUCCAAAUUCUUUGUAUUUAACAAGGAAUUCUCAUUUACACUUAUUUUAUUCGUUGUAAAUGUUCGUUAAUAACGUGACAAACACAUUGCAAUAGUGUAGGUUUGGUUACCAAAGUUACAAAAAUGGCAGUGCUUGCUGCUGCUCAGUUGUUAGACGAGUUAAUGGGACGGCACCGUAAUACAAAUCCAAAUGAUAAAGUCAAGAAGCCUAAUUGGGAAGAUCCAGAAUACUGCAAAUACUACAUGGUCAAGUUCUGUCCUCAUGACUUAUUUGUAAAUACAAAAGCUGAUCUUGGCAUCUGUCCUAAAGUUCAUGAUGAUGAAGUCAAAAAUCUAUUUGAGAAAACGGAGACAACAUAUAAGAAGGCUCAGUAUGUGGAGGAGUUUCUACGAUACUGUAGGCACAUGAUAAGUGAGGUUGAGAGAAAAAUACAAAAAGGCAAACAAAGGUUGGAAUUAAUGAAUUCAAAACCUGAAGGUCCUCCAAUGACUCAGGCGCAGACAGAAAAAAACCAAGAACAGGUUUCACUGCUGUCAGACAAGAUUGCAUCUCUUAUGCAAGAGGCAGAAGAGGCAGGUACUCGCGGCGACGUUGAACAAGCUCAGGGAUUAAUGAAACUGUGUGAUAGACUGAAGGAGGAAAAAGAACAACUUUUGAAGCAGCAGGAAAACAGCCAUUGGUCCAUGACUGCGGAGUUGGCUGCUGCACAAGAGAAGCUAAUGGAGGUAUGCCCUGUCUGCGGUGCAUUUCUGAUUGUUGGAGAUGCACAACAGAGGAUUGAUGAUCAUCUGUCGGGAAAACAACAUGUUGGAUAUUUCAAACUUCGUCAAGCAUACGAGGAAAUGAACGAGGCUCGUGAAAAAGAACAACAAGAAAAAGAGAGGAAACGCCGUGAGGAGAGGGAAAAAGAGCGUAGCACACGUGGAGGCGGUCUCGGAUCGGACAGGCGCGACAGGGAGCGCAUGGAGCGAGAUCGUGAAAGGGACGGAGAGCGAGUGGAGAGGGGCAGGGAUCGCAGUGAAAGAGGGGACCGCGAUAAAGACCGGGAACGUCAUAGAUCAAGUCGCGAAGAGAAGAGUUCACGUCACGAGGAGCGAGAUCGCGAGAGGGAACGCGAUCGCGAUAAGGACCGCGACCGGAAACAUCGCAAGGACAGAAAAUCUUCCCACGAGCGGUCGCGCAGACGAUCUCGCGACCGCCAUUAGCAACUGACUGAGGUAUCACAAAAGCGCCUGAAACCGGUAAGUAUUAGUUUACAUGACUAUCCUGUACAUUGCGAAUAAAUUCUUGAAAGCAUAACACGACCUUCCACCAUUUAACACCCCUCCCGACCCCUGCCACACCGAUCUAUUUAUUUAACACUUUUUACUGUUAUCCCAAAUACCAACGCCUUUUCCAGUAAAUAUUGAUACAAUGAGAAGUAAUAAAGUGAACAUUGUUUUACAGCUUAAUGUAGCAUACCAAAAUAAAACUUCGGUAUAUGGCAAACAUAAUGGGGAGUAAUGUUGAUCCCCAUUGCACUCUCGAUUCAGUAGUUGUCGUCACACCGACGGACUUGGCAGGUAUUUGAUUGGUAUUUUGAAUAGUUGCCACGCGCCGACAAGGGAAGACUUAUUGGGCGAUUGCUUUGCACAUUUUAUAACUUCCAUGGUGUAAACAUAGGAGUUUUAAUGUGAGCGGCUUUGGUCACAGUAAGUUCUUCGACGAGCCCCCGACGUUUUUUGAGGUACUUAAUUAUUGUUUUCGUCGUCGAGUGUUGACAGUCGUCUGGUGCUGAUCGCGUGUAAGCGAUGUGUCAGGUAUUUCUAGGUUACCUAUAAAAAUGUAGGCCAUAUAUUUAUAUUUUCUAACUCUGCAAAUUUAUGUAUAUAUUUUGUUAUUGCCAAAACAAGAAAGUUAAUACAUAUAAAUGUGCCUGGGUUUUUAGUUUUCAAUUAGUAUAAAGAUCAAUUCAGUUAUAUUUAUGUUCGGAAUACCUCACCUAUCUUUAUGGAAUGGAGGGGUUGAUUGAACAAAGGGGUCAUCUGAACACAUUCCAUUCUCGUUUAGAUAAAACAAAGAUAACAUACAUAACAUUCAAUACCUAAUUUCCUAUGAUUGUUUUACUUUUAUUGCGCUUGUAUUUGAAUGUAUUUAUGCCUAUUCUAUAAUCAAUAUUUACCUUCACAUAAUGAAUGCUGUGGUUAUCUGUAAUCGAUUCUAAUUGUGUAGUGUAAUAUUCCCUUGUAAUAUAUGUCUAUCUGUAGCCUCUUUGAUUAUACCCGAGAAUAUAUUAGGCACACACUAAUGGACGAUGAAAGCAACUUAUGCACUAGCUUUUACGUUUUGUUAUUUUUAAUUUUCCCAAUGGAAUGAAAUAUUUUGCUGGGAUAAGUAGUUGCUCAAGGCUUUCUCCGGAGCAAAGUUUUGAUAUGAAUGAAAAGAAUAUGACAUGAUAUUAUGAACUUGUGAUAUAUUGCAAUGAAAUAAUGUAAAUUAUUCCAUUACUAUUUAUUAAUUUAUAGGUAAAAUUUAAAGUAUAAAAUAUUAGCAAUCAAUUUCUAAGAUUAGUAUUUAUAUGUAUGUUACCUGAUAUUUGUUGAGUAUGAACAAAUUUUGAUGAAUUUUUUUCUUGAGAAAUAGUGUUUAAAAAUAGCAUAAUUAUGAGAGAUAAAAUGUCAAUAUGUCUUCGUCUGUUCACAUAAAGACCUCUAUAAGAUAUAGUUGCCGAAAUAGAUUAUACUUUUAAUAAUUAAAUAAACAUUACACAGAUUACACGUCACUGUUAUCGUUAUUUAAACAUAAAAAGCGUUUAUCAGAAUGACGAAAUCGAUUUUCUUAGCAAUAUUUUGUAAUGAUUUUAUAAUAGCAUUAUAUAUAUUAUAUAUUUUUAGCAGUAGCUUAUAUCACGAAUUUAGAAAAUGCCACAGAUAUUUUUUUUGCUUCAAAAGGUAACUUAAGCAAUUCCAUUAAUAUUUUUAACGAAAACAGAGUCUACAUCUGUAGUCCCAGGCACACAAUUAUCUACUAGUCACUGUUUAUAACUGUCUACAAAACAAAUAUUUAAAGUAUAAAAAUUUGAACGUCCGCGUAUUAUACUGUAUCAUAGAUUAUUUCCACAAAAAUAUGGAAUAAUAAUAACCAUGCAUAAUUCACACACCACUGCAUAUUUUCCUAAGCCAACCAGAGCUUGUGUUGAUAGCAAUAUUAAAAUACAUUUUAUUGUAAAUAUGUACAUGCAUAAUAUACAUAGUAAAUACCCAGAUCGAUACAAACAGUCAUACUCAUGAAUAUAAAUGUUUGCAUCGCGCUAGAAAGCGAACCCGCGACUGUCGGAAGUAAGAUGGUGUGCUAAAUCGCUAGAUCACCGUCGUCAUAUAAUAAUGCAGCUUCACAAUGUGCAUAAAUCUGAUAUACAAAGGACUUAGCCGCUAUUCUGUUCAAUGUUAGUCAGCCAAGUUUUGUUUAUCAUUACAUUGUCAUCGCAUACUAUGCCAUGAUUUGGAGAUGUGAGGGGAGCACAUACCGUUUGCUCCCAGUAUCACGAUAAUGGAUGCUGUUAUCACAUCAUCUACCGUGUACUUCCAGGUACCAAUCUUUGUAAUGCAUGGCACCAAGUUUCCUCGUAAUUACAUUUCACAAAAUAAUACUGUUUCAAAAUUAUAUAACAAUAAAAUGAUUAUAUUAGAAACUUGAUGCCAUUUUCUAAAUUAACAAAUUACCCUGCAAACCCGUUUGGAAUGGAACAAUCAAUGAUUUGUUAUUAAAGUGUUAUACUUAACAUGUGUAUAAGAGACCCAAUUUGGUUUAAAGAGUCACUAAGAUUUUGUUAGUUUAUGACCGCCAUAUUUGUAAUGAUGACUAUUCAUUCAGUCAAUAUUACUCCCACAAUAAUUUAGUGGAAUUUAACGACAUCUCAUUCAUUAAAAUCCACCAAUGUUACCCAAAAAAUCCGAACAUUCAUACUUACACAGAAAAAACAUUUUAGUUUUUUUACAGUGGGGUCUAUAUAUUUCAAAUUCUUUUACCUGUCACUUAAAAAUGUAAUAAUGUACUCAAAUUAGUAAAUACACUGUAAAUAAUUUUGUUUAUUUCAUGUUAGUCAUUGAUUGCAGUCCAUUCUAAGUAUUUUGCAGCACAAACGCUCCUUACUAGCUUGCUCGAUGGACUUUUCAGUUGGCAAUCCGUUGAAGAACCCCGGCCUGCGCUGCUACAAUGAGGUACUUAUCAAAUUAAGACACUGAAGACGGCAAAAUAAUCGACUCUGCAUCCACGGUCUCGAGGUGACAUAGAAUAGUCACAUAUAUCUAAUGCAUACAUAAGAUAAUGAUUGUUAGCUAAUGAUUCCAAAAUAUACGUUAGUUAAAUGCAUGUAGUCCUAUUAGGACUUUAUUUCCAUUUAGACAAUUAAUGUUUGUAAUGUGUAACUACCUCUAAGACUUCGAUCCCUAGGGAGGUCACUUAUUGUAUACCAGUUCCCACUAUGGAGACAUUCAGGUAUUUAUCAAAUUAUUUUUAUUUAAUUUAAUUGCAAUGUUAAUAUGAUUUAUUUUGUCACGUAUUCAAAGUGUGAAUUCGAUAGGAAAUAAUUUCAAAAAAUAAAAAUAUAAUAUAAAA